CAUCGAAGUAUAUCAAUGAUAGACGGUGUUGGGUGACGCAUCGAACAAGCAGACUCUUCUGACCCUCUGCAUUGUAAUUGGCUUCACGAGACGAGAGUUUACUGUUGGAUUUUUCGUUUACUGAUUGGACAAUUCUGAAAGAGCAACAAUCGAUUGUCAAUAAAAUUAACAUGGAAACGGGAAGUACCUUGCCCGCUGCAGGCAAUUAUCCCGGUGGCGUACGACAACAAUUCUGUGUAUCAUGGAAUUCUCAUCAGUCCAACAUGCACAGCGCCUUUCCAAAGCUGCUGAGUUCCGAACAAUUCGUUGAUGUGACGCUCGCGUGCGACGGUGGCUCUAUAAAAUGCCACAAAGUCGUACUGUCCGCGUGUAGCGAUUACCUCGAGCGUCUACUACUGGACAUCCCGUGCACUCAUCCGAUCAUAUUUUUGAGAGACAUGCGAAUGUGGGAACUCCAGGCAUUGGUCGAAUUCAUGUACCGUGGUGAAGUCUAUGUCGAACAACAACAACUUGAGAAACUCAUGCAGGCUGCGGAUGCACUGCAAGUUCGCGGACUGUCGAGCCAGGGUCGAGAUACCAUCCAGAGUGAGAACGUUUCUCAGCAAAAUUCUUCAAGUGCACCAACUUCACCGCCGUUAUCCUCAAAGCCUGCUUCAUCAAACUACAAGCUCGAAGAAACAGCCAGUUUGAAUGCAAGCAAUUCCAGUUUUAUAGAUGAUACUACUUCCGCUGUGUCACCCGGUAUGGAAAAUCCUUCGGCUCAAUCAACCCCUUCCGGUGAUUCGCAAUCAAGCAAUUCGUCAAACUUUGUCAAUAUCGAACAUACAGAAGCGUUGCAACAUUUGGAAAAAGCAUUGAGCGCUUGCGAGGCUACUUUAACCGAGACCCAAGGCAUGGUCAAAAUGGAACCCGAUGAACAAUUCACUCAAGAUAUCAAACCUUAUUCCAUCAGUAUGGUGCAGCCAGGCAGUAUGUGCAGUCCUAGCAGUCCCUUCCCAGCUAUCGAAGGAUACCAGAGGCGUCAGCGACGUUCGGAGCACGAAUUGAAGCAGGCAUCGGAUUUGGUAGCGCGCGGAAUGACGUUCCAAGUAGCAUCGGAAAAAUACAAGAUACCGAUAAGUACGAUUCGUUUUUACAUGGCACGAAAAGGAAUAUUGCAAAGGCGAAAAAGGGGUCGUGGCACGAGUCAACACGGUGUAAACAGUCAACCUGGUAGCCCGGCUAGCCCGCCGUACCACAUGAUGAAUUAUCGUCUGCCUGAGAGUCUCAACUCGAGCCUACAGUAGUGUAACACAAAAGAGGAUUGAUGAAUAUCGACACAGUCCGGAGGUAUAAUUAGUUGAAAGUCGAAACAUAAAAGAUCGACUACUUACGUUAUAGAACCGUUCGGUCCGAAUAACUUCCCCUACGUCGAUUGAUUUCACCCACGGAAUCGAUGAAUUUUAUGCCCGAUCGUUAAAAAGGAAAAAAAAUUGAAACAGUAAAACUAAAUAAUAGCAUACAGGAAGUGUAAAAUGUUAGGCCGUUGAACGCGCGUCGCAUCACGUCGCGAGAAUAAUACCUAGUAACGGAGCAAUCCUUGAGCUAACCACGCUUGCUAAUUAACUGAGUGCGUUAGAGUCGCAGUAUUAGUAACGAGACAGUUUCACCUCGAAAAUAUUAUAAAUAAUGUAUAAAAAAAAACGAAGAAAAAUCAAUUGUUUAAACAUACACAAUCCGAAACACGCAGGUAGAUCGAUUCCCCUGCCGCACUUUAUUCCACACGGGGACGGUUGCGAUAAAAAAUUUACUUUUUCGUUUUUUUUUGUUUGUAAGACGAUCCGUUGAGAUAUUUGAUGACUAGUAAACUCGCGACCCCCAUAUGAGUGAAACCCCGAUACAAUUCCCAUUGUUUUAUUACAAUUCUGAUCAAGAUCCACGAGUCAGAUAAGUUUUGAUUUAUCGUGGAGUCCAAGUUCCGUAAUCGUUUGUCACAAUAUACGGAUAUUUUUAUAGACUUAAUCAAGAGCGAGGGGUAGCAAGAAACUUUGCUACGCUCGGCAUAAAUGUUGAAUGAAAUUUUUGUUGAGCCGUGUAAUUUACGCGCUAGAAGAACCGGCUUCAAUUAAUUCGAAGUUCCAGCCUCCGAGGGUCUUCGGUAAACCAAAAGAUAAACGGAAAAACGAAAUAAUAAUCAUCAUGACGUAAAUUGUUUUAUGCUAUUUCCAUGUUAGUGUAUAAAAAUGAAUAACAAUGGAAUGCUUAGGGAACGAGAGGGGGCAAGGGGAGAGAGAGAGAGAGAGGGAGGGAGGGAGAGUGAGUUUGAAAAAGGAAAAAACGAAUAAGAGAGAAAUAUCUGGUUUCGUAUUGUGAAAAAAGAAUGAAUAAAAAAAUAGAACAAAUCUUGAUACAAUGAGAUAAAGAUGAACGUUGCAAAAGUUUUGUGCGAAUACCGUGAACACCGGUUAUACGAAUCAUUGAAACAUUCGGUAAUGUAUAGCCAUUGUUAAAUAGCGCUCAGAUGAAGUCAUAUUUUUCCAUGCAACGCAAUACUUGUAUCAUAAUUAUUUACAGUAAAAAAGAAAAUGAAAUUGAUUACAAAAUGAGACAGACGAUAAAGAGCGUGUGCCGUUAGGAUAGAUUAGUCUCUACGAAAGAACAAAACAAAAGAAAAACGUAAACAGUAACGAAAUCACCGAUUUGUGAUUCGGUCGUGUGUUAAGCCAGACGAGUCAAACUCCCAAAUUACGACGGUCUAAUUCAUUCUUCUUGUAUGUUGAAUCACUGUCUUUGUACGCGCAAUUGUGUCAGUCUCGUUCUACCGAGCGUUCUCUAUCCGAGAUGAGUUUUAACCAGAUUUAUUAAGCUAGUAUUUCUGAACCAAUGAAAAAUGAAAGAAAACAGAAAGAGAAGAUGAGAAAAUAACAAAAAAAAAAAAAAAAACAUAAUAAUUAGUUAUCUAGCGAUCGUGGGCGAGCGUUCUCUUCGUAAACUUAAAUUCGUGGACCGUAGGGAGGGCUCCACUGUGCUCGCCAUUGCCUCGGCAUAUAUGUUUUAAGAAUUAAGGAAAAUGAUGAUAAGAAAAAAAUACAAUCCUCAGCUCCCUUGUACGACGAGCCAUUCGAGUUACGAGAUUUGCAAGUACAAGCGAAGGCUCUAGAAGUCUAUUACGUGUCGUUAGCUAUUCAUUCAUAAUUAGUUGGCCACUCCGAGGCGAAUCAUACACAUAUUUAAUUUAAUUAUCACCGCGGGCGUCGUCCUGAGAUUGACGUCUUUAAUUUGUAGAUUAAUAUUUGGCAAAACCGAGCUAAAUUCAGUACGGUCGUUCGAACAAUCGAAGAAAAAUGUUAACCCUCGUACAGUUUUAAGUAUCAGGGGCCGAUAUGUUUUCUCGUAUUGCAACUCGAUGACUCGCACUUAUUUAACCCCAUGCCAGCCCCCCGCCCCAUCCCUUCCCCCACUAGUGAUUUAUUCAUACGACGAUCGGGAUGUAACGGAUCGCAGAUCAACUGUUGCUUCAAUCUUUUUGAACAAGAAGAAUUCGGUAUUCCAAAAUAUUUUUCCGAUUAUGACACACUCCAUUAUUGAUCUCCAAACGAUCAAUAACUUUAUAUUUUAUCGUAAUUCCGCAAAAAGAGCAAUCUCAAAAAUGAUCAAACAAUCAAGCCUACGAAACUAUUGAAAAUGCAUUUUUAUUUAAAAACUCAAUUAUGAAAUACGAAUACAUAUAUUUUCCUAGAAUCACAUUUUGUUUGUAUUUACGUGUUGAAAAAUAAAAUAUAAUAACUUGAGCCUUUUUUGAUUUUGCUCUUCACAGCGGAGGCUUUUUGACGAGUUAAACAAGUAAAUUCCCCUGGGUACAAUUUACUCGAAACUGCCCAUUGCUUUUUUAUUUGUAUUGUUAAUUUUUUUCCUUUUAGAUCAAAUUUACACUGAUUCAAGGGUCAGUCGAUGUAUUUACAAUGCACAGUUUAACCAUGCCUUCGUGUUAGUUCGAUCGUGCGCGCUCGUUCAUGCCAAUAGUCGUAAACCUGUUAAGCUGAUGAACGAAAGGGAGAGAGAGAAAGAGAGAGAGAGAGAGAGAGAGAAAACCAAAUCGAUCAAGUAUUCCAUACAGACAGACAUUACAAACAGAAACUCAUGACAGAUCUAAAUGAUAGGAGAAAAAACUAGCAGUUUGAUCGUCACCAUUCAUUCGUAUAAUAAAAAUCACCCAUGCAGCCAUCGACAUUCAAAUAAUAAGUUCCACAUCAAAACUUCGUUAAGCUUCCUUAGAGAUUCAAGUAUUUUCGUUUGAUCGAUAAAAACAACAGCAACAAAACAAAAAGAUACGUCGUGUUUUAAGGAUAUAUUACUUUUAAUUUUAAGGGCAUGUAAAAUGUGUUUAGCGAUCAUGCUUCUUAUUAGUGAUUUAGGACAGCGCUAUACAAUAAUUAUCAUAACUACAAUUAAAGAACAUAAGGCAUUUACUAAGUGCAGAGUAUUUCUUAAUAAAAGUAAUUCUGAAAUCAA